AUGAAUCCAUCGUUUGAUAAGAAGAAAGUUGUGACACCACCGGAAAUGAUAGUCUUAAUACCAGUCAUGUCUGCAAUGAGUUGUGGUUCCCGUAUAUUAUCCGAUGAAUUGUGUCCCAAAUUGCAACAUAAAGCAAGCAUUGUUUCCAAAGUGAAUGAAUACAAGCGUUUGUACGAAGAGUUGCAUUCAUUAGGUUCGGGAGCUUUUGGGGAAGUAUUUGUAGUUAAAGCAAAAUAUGAUGGACACAAAUAUGCGGUUAAGAAAAUAAGAAUUGAAAGGUCAGAAUAUUGUGUCCAAUAUAUGGAUCAAUGGUCUGAAGACAAUGUGUAUUACAUUCAAAUGGAGUUGUGGUCCCAUAGUCUGCAGAAUAUUCUUCAAUACAAACCACAAGUAUUUGGUCGACAACCAGAAGAACCUAUGAAUUCAAUCGAGUUUUACAUUUCGUGUCAUAUAUUCAAAGAGAUCUUAGAAUGCGUUCAAUAUUUACAUGAAUUGAAUCCUCCGGUCAUUCAUAGAGACCUUAAACCCGACAAUAUAUUAGUGGCGAAGACUGUAAGGAACGGCAGGUUUUUCAAAAUAUGUGACUUUGGUUUUGCUACUGUUCACCAGCACUCGUCAGAUAAAGGAGACCUGAGAUAUUGUGCUCCAGAAGUUGGUCAGGGAAUUGUCUAUAACCAUAAGAUAGAUGUCUACAGUUUGGCUAAAAUUGCAGAAAAUAUUUUUGAGAUUAAUUUGGAGGACAAACUGUAA